AUGAGUCAGGACAGUAAUGGUGCCGGUGAUGUUGCGAAAGUCCCAGUCAAUGAAAUGACUUCUAAGGACUAUUAUUUUGAUUCUUAUGCCCAUUUUGGAAUCCAUGAGGAAAUGUUGAAGGACGAGACCAGAACAGUUACCUACAGAAACGCACUCCUGCAUAAUAAGCAUCUUGUUAAGGAUAAAAUCGUCCUUGAUGUUGGCUGUGGCACUGGUAUUUUGUGUUUGUUUGCUGCCAAGGCAGGAGCAAAACAUGUCAUUGGGAUUGAGUGUUCAAACAUUAUCGAUCAUGCUAAGGAAGUGGUCAAAGCUAAUGGAAUGUCUCACAGUAAGUUGACUGAGUUAAGUUUUUACUUUGUGCUUUCAGAAAUCACCCUAAUCAAGGGCAAAGUGGAAGAAGUUUCCCUGCCAGAAGGGAUGGAAAAAGUCGAUAUUAUUAUUAGUGAAUGGAUGGGUUACUGUUUAUUCUACGAGUCCAUGCUUAACACUGUUAUCUAUGCUCGUGAUAAGUGGUUGGCUCCUGGUGGAAUCAUUAUGCCCGACCAAGCCUCCCUUUACAUCUGUGCAAUUGAAGAUAGGCAGUAUAAGGAUGAUAAAAUUAACUGGUGGGAUAAUGUUUACGGCUUCGAUAUGAGUUGCAUUCGCAAAGUGGCCUUAACAGAACCAUUGGUCGAUGUAGUUGACCCUAAUCAAAUCGUGUCAAACUGUGUCGUCAUUAAAGAUGUUGAUAUGUACACGAUCACCGUGGACGAUUUGACUUUCUCGUCUCCAUUCCAAUUGACCUGCAAACGCAAUGAUUACGUACACGCCCUAGUCACUUUCUUCAACAUCAAUUUUUCUUCAUCCCACAAAUAUAUUGGGUUCUCUACUGGACCUGAUGAACGGAGAUACACUCAUUGGAAACAGACAGUGUUUUAUUUGGACUCUGGCGAUGGAGAUGAAUGCCUGACUGUGAAGAAAAACGAGGAUAUUAGAGGUAUUAUCUCAAUUGCUCCUAAUAGCCGUAAUAACCGCGACUUGGAUAUAUCUAUCCAGGUUCAUUUUAAUGGAGAAUUGUCGUCCUCAGACAAGUUGUACAAAUAUAAAAUGCGUUAA